GAUUGUGGACAAGAGAGAGAGAAAAAAAAGCAUAGAUUAAGGUUCGCUACGCCAGGCCUAGAUAGCCAAUGAAGAGACGAAAGCAAUGACGAGAAGAAAAAAACAACCCUCCUUGAUGGGGCCAAGCCACGGCAUGCAAUCUCCGUUUUUUUUUUCCCCCUUCCUUGCAGAGGGUUGAAAUACGAUCGCAAGGCUGAGAGGGCGGGCCCGCUAUGCCAUGGUUCAAAGGUAUCAGACAUGCCACCACCAGCAGCACCACCGCAGCGACCCUCGGCUGUCCAACCUCCUCGCCAUCUGUGCCGCUCUCUUCACAGUCGCGGCGACCAUCAUGUUCACGACAGCGCUGCUCCUGACCCUCGCGGGCGGCGUCGCCCUGGUGACGCCGGCGCCGCUCAACUGCCCGAUCCAGGGGGCCGCAUUCCCCAAGCCGCGCGACCUGGCCUCGUCGCCGACCAUGCAGGCGGCGUUUCGCAACCUGACGGCGACGUUUGAGGCGCAGGCGGCGGGUGCCGGCGGGGGCGACACGUCCUUUUCGGUCGAACUGUGGUCCGUAUCCGACCCGGGGGGCAGGGCGCCGUUCGAGUUCCACCACACGGCACGGGAGCUGGCGGGCUUGGAGAACAACGCGGGGGUCAAAAAGGUCGACGGCGACACCGUCUACCGCAUAGGCAGCCUGACCAAGGUCUUUACCGUUUACACGUGGCUGGUCGAGGUGGGCGACAAGGACUGGAGCACGCCCAUCACCAGGUUUGUGCCCGAGCUGGCCGAGAUUGCCAUGGACGAGGCCGAGGCCGUCAAGCGGGACCCCAUCAUGAGGACGAACUGGGAAGAGAUUACCGUGGGGGCGUUGGCCAGCCAGCUUGCUGGCAUCAUACGUGAUUACGCCCAAGUAGGAGAGAUGGGAACGACGUUGGACGCCAGCACUCGCGCAGCCCUUGGCCUGCCACCAUUGCCACCGGCCGACAUUCCACCUUGCGGGCCGACCCGUCUGUGUGAUCGCGAACAGUUUUUUCAAGGCAUGGGCAAAGUCCCGCCGCAGUAUGGGCCCAACAAGGCCACCGUCUACUCGGACACGGCCUUCCAGAUCCUUGCAUAUGCGCUGGAACAUAUCACAGGCAAAACAUACGGCGACAUGCUCCACGACUCGGUGCUGGCGCCGCUCAAGCUGAACAGGACGUACCUAUUCAAGCCCGACGACUCGGUUGGCAUCAUCCCAGCCAAUGGCAACAACGCUGCUGCUGCGACGGGGUGGUCGUACAGCAUUGGUGAAGCUGCUCCUACAGGCAACAUGUAUGCGUCCUCAUCGGACCUCUCUCGCGCGGGGCGCGGAAUCCUGUCGUCGGCGCUCAUGACGCCAGCCCUGACGGGGCGCUGGCUCAAGCCGGCAUCGCUCACGUCGGAGCUGAUCGCGGCGGUGGGCUACCCCUGGGGCGUGCGACGCAUCGACCUCUCGCGGUCGCCGCGGUACAAGCGCGUGACCGACGCCUACAACAAGGCCGGGCGGAUCGGCAGCUACGCGGCGCUGAUGGCGCUGCUGCCCGACUUUGACGCGGGCUUCAGCAUCAUGCUGGCGGGCAACUCGCUCGUGGGCAACCCGACCUUCAGCUGGGCCGACACCAUGGGCGGCGUGCUCAUCCCGGCGCUGGAGCAGACGGCGCGCGAGCAGGCCGACGCCCUGUACUCGGGCCGCUACCACGCCGCGGCGGGGGGUCUCAACUCGUCGCUCGAGAUAUCCACCUCGCCCGACCGCCUGGGGCUCGGCGUCUACCGCUGGAUCAGCAACGGCACCGACAUGCAGAGGGCCGCGCUGUUCAUGGCCAACGGCGCCCCGCCCACGAACCCCAGCAUCCGGCUGUACCCGACCGGCCUGGAAACGGCGCGCGAGGGCGGUGGGCGCAAGGUGGCGUUCAAGGCCGUCUUCGAGGACCUGACGGGCCAGGCGACCGAUCUCAUGUUCACCACCGACUGCGGCACCUGGGUCGGAGCCACCAGCGUCGUGGUGGGCGACGUGCCGCUGGACCAGUUCGCCUUCAACCUGGACAGCCGGGGUAGGGUGGAGAGCGUGGAGCCGAUGGCCUUGAGGGUGGUGCUGAACAAGGGUGCGUAG